UAUGCGUGAGCCCAAAGCCAAAUCACCCGGGUAGAAGCGGGGAAUACGUCUGAAUCCGCGUGACGAAAUUGCGCGGAAGCGGGGACACCUGUUAAUUAAAGACGACUACUCCACUUUAAUUCGCUUGCCUCAUCAUCUUCAAGAUUAUUAGUCAUUUUUAACACAAUAACAAUGGUGAUACUCAUGAUUAUCGGCACUUGUUUACUACUCUACCAUCUCGUCUACGUUCUUUUCGUUAGAUUUCUGGACUGUGAUAUCAAGCUGUUUUUCUACGACAAAUUUGGAAAGUCAGCGGAUACUCUGAGUGGCAAAGUUGUAUGGAUAACGGGCGCGUCUAGUGGUAUUGGUGAACAUUUAGCAUAUAAUCUGGCUAAAGCUGGCUGUAAGCUUAUUUUAUCAGCAAGAAGAGUAGUUGAACUGCACAAAGUUAAAAGCAAUUGUUUAUUAGCUAAUCCAAAAUUGCAAGAUCAUGAUAUACAUGUAUUGGUUUUUGAUGUCAGACUAGUUGAAUCUCAUGAAAGAAUAUUUGAUAAUGUAAUAUCGAUAUUUGGUAGACUCGAUAUACUUGUAAACAAUGCUGGUAGAAGUCAACGAGCAAACUGGGAAAAAAUUCACAUCGGAGUUGAUAAAGAAGUUUUUGAAUUAAACACAUUUGCCGUUAUAUCCUUGAGUAGAUUGGCGAUUAAACAGUUCAAACGACAAGGUAGUGGCCACAUUGCAGUGACAUCGAGCUUGGCUGGGAUAUUCGGAGUACCAUUUUCUGCAUCGUACACAGGAUCAAAACAUGCCAUUCAUGGAUAUUUUGAUUCCUUGCGAUUGGAAAAGAUGAGUGAAAACAUUGCGGUCACUAUUGUCUGUCCUGGGCCGAUACAAACAGAUUUUCUAGCUGAAAGUUUUACUGAAAAUAUUGGCGAAAAAUAUGGGAUACAAACGGAAAUUGCAUCAAAUAAAUUGUCGCCUGCCCGUUGUGGCAAAUUAUUUGCAUCAGCUUUGGCUAAUCGAUUAGACGAAGUCUGGAUUAGUAAAGCUAAUCCUUUACAAUUGACAUAUUUUGUAAAGUACUAUCCCAAUAUAAGUUCCUUAUUUAUGCCCUAUAUUGGAACUGCUAUUUUUCAACGAAUGAGAGACUCGAAAAUAACGAUGCAGGUACAACAGUAAUAGAAUACGCUUGUGUAAGAAGCAUCACAAUAUUGAUCAUUCUAUUAUAAAAAAGUGCCAUACCUUACAUUCUAAUAAUAUGCA